AUCGCUGGUUUCAUAUUACAAGGUACCACUGAAUCAAGCACUUCUGGUCUCCUGUGCUUGGUAGCGUGGCUGCUCGCGGGAAAGGCAGCUAGUUUAGCCGCGAGAAGAGCAGAGAGGAGGGACGUGGCUGCGAGGCAGGCGGAAGCCCUCGACGAGCUCAUCUUCGACGCUGCCAACUAUAGGCUGAGGCGGCGGCCCCAGCAGAAUAAGUAUAAGCAGCCUUACGAUGUCACCGCCGCCGCCGCCGCCGCCGCCGCCGCCGCCGCCGCUGCCGCUGCCGCUGCGUUGCAUCCGCAAGACGGGUCGAAGGAGGGCGACAAGAUCGCCGCGUUGCCCGGCCAGCCUCAGAGUAACAAUUCUGUGGAUUUUGAUCAGUACGGGGGCUACGUCACGGUCGACGCGCAGCACGGACGGGCUCUCUUUUACUACUUUGCCGAGGCAGCCCGCAGCGCCGAUCCUUCUUCCCGGCCUCUCCUUCUCUGGCUCAACGGAGGGCCGGGAUGUUCUUCGAUCGGAUUCGGCGCCAUGGAGGAGCUCGGCCCCUUUCGUGUGAUGAGCGAUGGGAAGACGCUGUACCGGAACCCAUUCGCGUGGAACAAAGUGGCGAACGUGCUGUUCCUGGAGAGCCCCGCGGGAGUAGGCUUCUCCUACUCGAAUACCAGCGACGACUAUGAACGGAGCGGCGAUCGGAGGACCGCUGAGGAUGCCUACGCCUUCCUUGUCAACUGGAUGGAGAGAUUUCCGGAGUACAAAGGACGAGAUUUCUUCAUUGCCGGCGAGAGCUACGCCGGACACUACGUGCCUCAGCUUGCUCAGACCAUCCUCCACCGUAACAACGCUAGCAAGGAUCAAGCAGCGGGAAGAGAGAACAUUGCGACCAUCAACCUCAAAGGCGUCAUGAUGGGGAAUGCGGUGAUAAAUGACGAAACGGACACAAGAGGAAUGUACGACUACUUCUGGACUCACGCUCUGAUAUCCGACGAGGCCAUCGGUGCGAUCCACAAGAGUUGCAACUUCUCAGCAGACAGCGGCGACCAAUCCCAGAGGUGUCUACAGGCCCUCGAGAGCAUCCAAUUCGGCAACCUUGAUAUCUACAACAUUUACGCCCCUCUGUGCUUGUCACCAGGCGUCGCCAAUAGCCAGCAUCCCAAGAGACCUUCGGUUUGUACAUGCACGCCUAUAGAUACAAAGUAGCGCAAACUAAUUCAACUAUGUAUAUAUAAAGUAGGUCUUGCUUGCUAUUAGGAGCACGGAGUCCUCCGUGCUUCUAAGCCGUUUUCGAUGAUGGAGCUUCCGAAUCGACG